AGCGGGGACGCGGCGCCGGCGAGCGGGAGGAAAUGGCGGCGGCGGCGGCGCCGGGCGGCACCGGGAGGCCUGGGCUGUGACGCACGCGCCGGAGAGGGGUCCGAUGGUUCUCGAAGGCCCGCGGCGCCCCGUGCUGCAGGUUACCUAGGGUAUGAAUUAAUACAGACUCGGAAACUGAAAGAACUUAGAAUCAGCAUUUUGAGUAAGCUGUGCUAGAACAAAAAUGCAAUGAAAGAAACACUGGAUGAAUGAAAAGCCCUGCUUUGCAACCCUCAGCAUGGCAGGCCUGCAGCUCAUGACCCCUGCUUCCUCACCAAUGGGUCCUUUCUUUGGACUGCCAUGGCAACAAGAAGCAAUUCAUGAUAACAUUUAUACGCCAAGAAAAUAUCAGGUUGAACUGCUUGAAGCAGCUCUGGAUCGGAAUACCAUAGUCUGUUUGAACACUGGCUCAGGGAAGACGUUCAUUGCAGUACUACUCACUAAAGAGCUGUCCUAUCAGAUCAGGGGAGACUUCAGCAGACAUGGAAAAAGGACUGUGUUCUUGGUCAACUCUGCAAACCAGGUUGCUCAGCAAGUGUCGGCUGUCAGGACUCAUUCAGACCUCAAGGUGGGGGAGUACGCACACCUAGAAGUACUUGCAUCUUGGACUAAAGAGAAAUGGAACCAGGAGUUUACUAAGCACCAGGUUCUCAUUAUGACUUGCUAUGUCGCCUUGAUUGUUUUGAAAAAUGGUUACUUGUCACUGUCAGACAUUAACCUUUUGGUGUUUGAUGAAUGUCACCUUGCAAUCCUAGACCACCCAUAUCGAGAAAUUAUGAAGCUCUGUGAAAGUUGUCCAUCAUGCCCUCGUAUUUUGGGACUAACUGCUUCCAUUUUAAAUGGGAAAUGUGAUCCAGAGGAAUUAGAAGAAAAGAUUCAGAAACUGGAGAAAAUUCUUAAGAGUAAUGCUGAGACUGCAACCGACUUGGUGGUCUUAGACAGAUACACUUCUCAGCCGUACGAGAUUGUGGUGGACUGUGGACCAUUUAUGGACAGAAGUGGGCUUUAUGAGAGACUGCUGAUGGAAUUAGAGGAAGCACUUAAUUUUGUCAAUGACUGUAAUAUAUCUGCACAUUCAAAAGAAAGAGAUUCUACUUUAAUUUCUAAACAGAUACUGGCGGACUGCCGCGCGGUGUUGGUAGUUCUGGGGCCCUGGUGUGCAGAUAAAGUAGCUGGAAUGAUGGUGAGAGAACUGCAGAAACACAUCAAACACGAGCAAGAGGAGCUGCACAGGAAAUUCCUGCUGUUCACAGACACUUUCCUGCGGAAAAUCCACGCCCUGUGCGAAGAGCACUUCUCACCGGCCUCCCUGGACCUGCGAUUUGUAACUCCGAAAGUGAUCAGACUGCUGGAGAUCCUCCGCAAGUACAAACCGUAUGAGCGGCAGCAGUUUGAGAGCGUGGAGUGGUACAAUAACAGGAACCAGGAUAACUAUGUGUCUUGGAGUGACUCUGAGGAUGAUGAUGAGGAUGAAGAAAUUGAAGAAAAGGAGAAGCCAGAGACAAAUUUCCCUUCUCCAUUCACCAAUAUUUUAUGUGGAAUUAUUUUCGUGGAAAGAAGAUACACAGCAGUUGUCUUAAACAGGCUGAUAAAGGAAGCGGGCAAACAGGACCCCGAGCUGGCUUACGUCAGCAGCAGCUUCAUCACUGGGCACGGCAUCGGGAGCCAGCCCCGCAGCAAGCAGAUGGAAGCGGAGUUCAGGAAGCAGGAAGAGGUACUUAGGAAAUUUCGAGCACAUGAGACCAACCUGCUAAUUGCAACAAGUAUUGUGGAAGAGGGUGUUGAUAUACCAAAAUGCAACUUGGUGGUCCGUUUUGAUUUACCCACAGAGUAUCGAUCCUAUGUUCAAUCUAAGGGAAGAGCAAGGGCACCCAUCUCCAAUUAUAUCAUGUUAGCAGAUACGGACAAACUCAAAAGUUUUGAAGAAGACCUUAAAACAUACAAAGCUAUUGAAAAGAUCUUGAGAAACAAAUGCUCCAAGUCAGUUGACACUGGGGAGACUGACAUCGAGCCUGUGGUGGACGACGACGACGUGUUCCCUCCGUAUGUGCUGAGGCCCGAUGACGGGGGUCCACGCGUCACAAUCAACACGGCCAUUGGGCACAUCAAUAGAUACUGCGCUAGAUUACCAAGUGACCCGUUCACUCACCUAGCUCCUAAGUGUAGAACCCGAGAGUUACCUGAUGGGACAUUCUAUUCAACUCUUUACCUGCCAAUCAACUCACCUCUUCGAGCCUCCAUUGUUGGUCCCCCGAUGAGCUGUAUACGGUUGGCUGAAAGAGUUGUAGCUCUUAUUUGCUGUGAGAAACUGCACAAAAUUGGUGAACUGGAUGACCAUUUGAUGCCAGUUGGGAAAGAAACUGUUAAAUAUGAAGAAGAGCUUGAUUUGCAUGAUGAAGAAGAGACCAGUGUCCCAGGCAGACCAGGUUCUACAAAACGAAGACAGUGCUACCCAAAAGCAAUUCCAGAAUGUCUGAGGGAUAGCUAUCCCAAACCCGAUCAGCCCUGCUACCUGUAUGUGAUAGGAAUGGUUCUAACGACCCCAUUACCUGAUGAACUCAACUUCAGAAGACGGAAGCUCUAUCCCCCUGAGGACACCACAAGAUGCUUUGGGAUACUGACAGCCAAACCCAUACCUCAGAUUCCGCACUUUCCCGUGUACACUCGCUCUGGAGAGGUCACCAUAUCCAUCGAGCUGAAGAAGUCUGGCUUCACGCUGUCUCUCCAGAUGCUCGAGUUGAUUACAAGGCUCCACCAGUAUAUAUUCUCACAUAUUCUUCGCCUUGAAAAGCCUGCACUAGAAUUCAAGCCCACAGACGCUGACUCAGCAUACUGUGUUCUACCUCUGAAUGUUGUGAAUGACUCCAGCACUCUGGACAUUGACUUUAAAUUCAUGGAAGAUAUUGAGAAAUCAGAAGCUCGCAUAGGCAUCCCCAGUACAAAGUACUCAAAAGAAACACCCUUUGUUUUUAAAUUGGAAGAUUACCAGGACGCAGUUAUCAUUCCAAGGUAUAGAAAUUUUGAUCAACCUCAUCGGUUUUAUGUUGCUGAUGUGUACACUGACCUUACCCCACUGAGCAAAUUUCCUUCCCCCGAGUAUGAAACUUUUGCAGAAUAUUAUAAAACCAAGUACAACCUUGACCUGACCAAUCUCAACCAGCCACUGCUGGAUGUGGACCACACAUCCUCAAGACUUAAUCUUUUGACACCUCGCCAUUUGAACCAGAAAGGGAAAGCCCUUCCUCUAAGCAGUGCUGAAAAGAGGAAAGCCAAAUGGGAAAGUCUGCAGAAUAAACAGAUACUGGUUCCCGAACUCUGUGCUAUCCAUCCGAUCCCAGCCUCGCUGUGGCGGAAAGCCGUCUGUCUCCCCAGCGUUCUGUACCGCCUUCACUGCCUUCUGACCGCCGAGGAGCUCCGAGCCCAGACAGCCAGCGAUGCCGGCGUGGGAGUCAGAUCCCUUCCUGUGGAUUUUAGAUACCCUAACUUAGACUUUGGGUGGAAAAAAUCUAUCGACAGCAAAUCUUUCAUCUCAAUUGCUAACUCCUCUUCAGCUGAAAAUGAUCAUUACUGUAAGCACAGCACAAUUGUCCCUGAACAUGCUGCACAUCAAGGUGCUAGUAGAACCUCCUCUCUAGAGAAUCAUGACCAAAUGUCUGUGACCUGCAGAGCGUUACUCAGUGAGUCACCUGGUAAGCUCCCCAUUGACGUGCCCACAGACCUCACAGCAAUUAACGGUCUUUCUUACAAUAGAAAUCUUGCCAAUGGCAGUUAUGAUUUAGCUAACAGAGACUUUUGCCAAGGAAAUCAGCUGAAUUACUACAAGCAGGAAAUACCUGUACAACCAACUACCUCAUCUCCCACCCAGAAUUUACCCAGUUGUGAGAACCAGCCCACGCCCAGCGAUGAAUGUAGUCUCCUGAGUAAUAAAUGCCUUGAUGGAGAUGCCAACAAACCUACCUCAGAUGGCAGUCCCCUGGGGGCCACGGGGCCUGGUCCCACAGAAGCUGUUGCCGUGCGCAAGGACAGGCUGGGCUCUGCGCAGAGCCCCUCUCCUGGCUACUCCUCCAGGACUCUGGGCCCAAACCCUGGACUCAUUCUUCAGGCUUUGACCCUUUCGAAUGCCAGCGAUGGAUUCAACUUGGAGCGGCUCGAGAUGCUGGGGGACUCCUUCCUAAAGCACGCCAUCACCACGUAUCUGUUUUGCACUUACCCUGAUGCGCACGAGGGCCGCCUUUCAUACAUGAGAAGCAAAAAGGUCAGCAACUGCAAUCUGUAUCGGCUUGGGAAGAAGAAGGGGCUGCCCAGCCGCAUGGUGGUGUCCAUAUUCGAUCCCCCUGUGAACUGGCUUCCUCCUGGCUAUGUAGUCAAUCAGGACAAGAGCAGCACAGAUAAAUGGGAGAAGGAUGAAAUGACAAAGGACUGCAUGUUGGCUAAUGGCAAACUGGACGAUGACUUUGACGAGGACGAGGAGGAGGGCCUGCUGUGGAGGGCCCCCAAGGAGGACGCCGACGACGAGGACGACCUCCUGGAGUACGACCAGGAGCACAUCCAGUUCAUAGACAACAUGCUGAUGGGCUCGGGAGCGUUUGUGAAGAAAAUCCCUCUCUCCCCCUUUUCAGCCGCCGACUCAGCGUAUGAGUGGAAAAUGCCCAAAAAAGCCUCCUUAGGUAGCAUGCCGUUUUCAGCAGACUUCGAGGACUUUGACUAUAGCUCUUGGGAUGCGAUGUGCUAUCUGGAUCCUAGCAAAGCUGUGGAAGAGGAUGACUUUGUGGUGGGGUUCUGGAACCCAUCAGAGGAAAACUGUGGUAUUGACACAGGGAAACAGUCCAUUUCUUACGACCUGCACACGGAGCAGUGCAUUGCUGACAAAAGCAUCGCCGACUGCGUGGAGGCCCUGCUGGGCUGCUAUUUAACCAGCUGUGGCGAGAGGGCGGCUCAGCUUUUCCUCUGUUCGCUGGGGCUGAAGGUGCUCCCUGUAAUUAAAAGGACUGAGCGCGAGAAGGCCCUGUGCCCUGCCCGGGAGAACUGCAGCAGCCAACAAAGGAGCCUUUCAGCGAGCCGGGCGGCGGCCCCGGCCCCGGCCAGCCCCCGCGCCGCCGCGGGGAGGGACGUGGAGUACGGCUGCCUGAAGAUCCCGCCCCGCUGCAUGUUCGACCAUCCGGACGCAGAUAAGACGCUGACGCACCUCAUAGCCGGUUUUGAGAAUUUUGAAGAGAAAAUCAACUACAGAUUCAAGAACAAGGCGUACCUUCUGCAGGCGUUUACCCACGCCUCCUACCACUACAACACCAUUACCGAUUGUUACCAGCGCCUGGAGUUCCUGGGAGACGCGAUUUUGGACUACCUCAUAACCAAGCACCUUUACGAAGACCCGCGGCAGCACUCGCCGGGCGUCCUGACAGACCUGCGCUCCGCCCUGGUCAACAACACCAUUUUCGCGUCCUUGGCCGUGAAGCACGACUACCACAAGUACUUCAAGGCCGUGUCCCCGGAGCUCUUCCAGGUCAUCGACGUCUUCGUGCAGUUCCAGCUCGAGAAGAACGAGAUGCAGGGGAUGGACUCCGAGCUCAGGCGGUCCGAGGAGGACGAGGAGAAGGAGGAGGACAUUGAAGUCCCCAAGGCCAUGGGGGAUAUUUUUGAGUCACUUGCUGGUGCCAUUUACAUGGACAGUGGGAUGUCGCUGGAGAUGGUUUGGCAGGUGUACUACCCUAUGAUGCGGCCACUCAUAGAAAAAUUCUCUGCAAAUGUGCCCCGUUCCCCUGUGCGAGAAUUGCUUGAAAUGGAACCAGAAACCGCCAAGUUUAGCCCGGCGGAGAGGACCUACGAUGGCAAGGUCAGAGUCACCGUGGAGGUGGUGGGGAAGGGGAAGUUCAAAGGCGUCGGUCGCAGCUACAGGAUCGCCAAGUCUGCAGCGGCAAGAAGAGCCCUCCGCAGCCUCAAAGCCAAUCAACCUCAGGUUCCCAGCAGCUGAAGCCCCUUUUUAAAAUUAAAAAACAAAAACGCAGAAUAAGGUAGAAAAUACUUAGAUUGAAAAGGAUGAUUUAAAGUUGAUACUGAGCGGAAUGAAUAGAAGGCAGAAUUUAAAGUUUGUUUGAUAACAGGAUAGAUUACAGAAUAAAACAUUUAACCUAUGUAUAAAAAUUUUGGAACUAACUGUAGUUUUAGUUUUUUGCGCAAACACAAUCUUGUCUUCUUUCCUCACUUCUGCUUUGUUUAAACCACAAGAGUGCUUUACUGAUGGCAUUUAGCAAGCGUUCAGAGCAAUUACGGAUGGUUUGUUUUGUUUUUAGUUUAAUUUCCUCACCUUGGCUUAGUGUUAGGAGGCCAGGGAGCUGAAAACUCACACAGUCCCUAGAGUGACGCAGAGUCCUCGUGCCCCCGGUCUGUGCGGCAUCGCCAGCCUGUACUGGGAGCCCAGAGGACGCUGCGAAGCGGGGACGUGUGCCGUGUCACCUCGGUGCCCACGUUCUGCGAAGAUGGUGUUCCCAGCGCCAUUGCACUUAAUCGUGGGGGUCAGAUGUCAAUGGCAUCGGCUGGCCAGCUGGUGAAUCCAGUGUUAGUGUUCUCGUGCCACGUGUGACAAAGGUUCUUGCCUUAAACGUAACGUCCUCAUGGAUACGCUUUAAUUUCUGAUCUUUUUUGGAACAAACUGAUCUUACAUUCCCUGCAUUUUAUUGUGCAUUAGAUGUUGAGACUGUGGGAUUCACAACCCACUAGUGUAGUUGUAACUUAAAACAGGAGAUUUGGAUUUCUGGCAUGUGUAUACUAAAGACAUUUAAAAAACCAGAAUCUGUAGAUGGGAUUUUUUAAAAAACACCAUAAUAAAAAUGAUCUUUGGCUAGCUACCCAGUUUUACUUAAAAAACCUCCUGCUAGGUAGUUCCACUGAUAGAAAUUGUUUGUGGCAAAUAAUUUUGCCCUAUAGGCUGUUUCUCUAACAAAAUUAACCUUAGACAUAUCACACCUAAAAUAUGCUGCAGAUUUUAUAAUUCAUUGGUCACUUAUUUAAAGACAGGCCCAGCACCUUCCCCUUUCGCCUUCUCCCGUGAGUGUCUGCUGCACUGUCCACCAUGCUGCGUGUACUGCACUACCAAAGCUGUGCUAGCUGUGGGAGUUUAAAGUGUGAGGAAACUGCCACGAUUGUGAUACGUCCAUGAUUUAGCUUGUUAAUUUAGCUCACCUAGCUCAUUAUUUCUAUCUUUGGAAAAGAAACAAAAAAAGACAUUUUUAGGCAUUUGCCUAAGUUUCUUUAAUUAGACCUGUCGGCACUCUUCACUUAAAUACCUCAGUUCUUCUUUUCUUCUGCAUGCGUUUCCCCCUGUUUGGUGCUAUGUUUAUGUAUUAUGCUUGAAAUUUUAAUUUUUUUUGCACUGUACCUAUAAUACCUCUUAAUUUACCUUUAUAAAAGCUGUGGGCUGGUCUUGCACUCCCACCAACAUACCAGUAGAGGUUUGCUGCAAUUUGCCCCAUUAAUUAUGCUUGAAGGUUAAGAAAGCUGAGCAGAGGUGUCUAAUGUUCCCAGCACAUCGUCUGAACUUGAUCUUCUUGCAGUGCUGCAUUUCUGUUUAAUUGCAGUUGAAUCUGUACCUCCCGCUGUCGGCACCGCUCCCCGAGCAGCGCUCUGCACGUGUCGGCCCGAGGCUGCCGCUUCACUGGCUAGGAGGCCUCAGAGAGGGACGCCCCGCUCCCGACCUUGUCCCCAGUCUUACAUUGGGAUGGAUCUAAUUAUUAAUUGCGUUCCUGAGCAAAUUAAUUUGGGUGGCCUCGUUUUUAAAAUACUGAAUUCUGAUUUGGAACCUUAGAUUUCCGUUUCGUUUUUUAAAAAUCUUAGCAGAAGGUCUCAUGGCAAGUUAAAACCAAGCAAUUCUUGGAUUACGGAACUGUAACCGUGUCCAUGAGCAAGUAAGGCCGGGUGUGGAUUUGACUUGUGGUGAAGGCAUAUCACAGAUGUCCGGACAGCGCACCGACUACCUGCUGCAGGCGGAGGGCCGCGUUGUCUAGCGCCCUCAUCCCAGGGUCGCGGGGCUCUGCCUCCUGGCACCAGUGUCAGAUUGUUCACAGUGCAGUUCCCACUGGGAGAAAAUGCCUCAAUAUAUUUUGUAACCUUAAGAAGAGUAUUUUUUGUUAAUACUUUAAAAGUUCAGACUUGGAUAUGAUUAGGUCAUACAUUCUCAGGGGUUCAAAUUUCCUGCUACCAUUCAAAAUGUUUUAUCAGCAGCAAACUUGAGCUAUUUCUGUUUUUGUUUGUUUUUUUGCUGGAGAAAAUUAGCUGAUUGUAAUUUGUGACGCCCACUCUGACCCCUGGUUGCUCUGUUAUAAAGAAAAGCUAUGAGUUAGGCGAGUGAAAUGGUUAUGAACGCUCUGUGCUGCUGAAUCUAAUGCUGUAACGUUCCCGUUGAGCUUGUUGAAAUGUUUCGUGCCUGUUCAUUAGGAAAAAGCUCACUCUGCAUGGCCCGCCCGUCCCCGUCCCCCUCCUCCUCCCACCGUGGGCCAUCCCUUCGUCCUGCGGUGGCGACGGGAGGCGGGAUGCAGCGUGAGCCUGCGGGUGCUGCGGGCGCUGGGGAGGCCUGCACGCCUGCCCUGAAGCUGACCGCAGAGGCUCCCCAGGGCUGUGUGGAGGUCAGUUGGCUUGGCCCUCAUUGUAAACGUCUUUAACUUCUGUGUGUACCUUCGCCGUCCUCACUACGCUGCGCUUGUCAUCCCCCCCCACCCCCGCCAUGGAGCACAGAGCAGCAUUGCACUUGGUACCAUGCUUACCUCAUUUCAAGGAAAUAUGCUUAACUGAGAGCAAAAAAUGUGGUUUGGCCUCGCUGCUGUUUUGAUUUACCGAAUUUGAAAAAGAUAAUUCUAAUGCCUGCAAUGUGUCAUGUAUCCUUGCACAACUUCAGUGGAUCAUUCUCGUCUGUGGCAUUUUUACUGUUUGUGAAAGUAUGACAAAGAUUUGUUAACUGAACUCUUAAUUAUGUUUAAAAAUGUUUGUUACUUUUUUCUUUUAUAUUAUGUGAUGUGAUUAAAUGUAGAAUGACCUCUAACACUCCUGUAAUUUUUAUCAUUGAACAUACUAAUAUUUUUAUUUUCUUAAUAAUAGCUUGCCCUCAGAGAGAUUCAGAUUCCCGGCCUAAAUCGCAAGAGAUGUAGGCGCCUUUGGCUCUGGUGGUUCCGUUCAUGCGCCUGCGCUCACCCGGCAGUUGGCCCUUCCGUGGGCGCCUGGAGCGGGCGGGGCUGCGGGCGGCAGAGCAGUCCGGCCCAGGCCCACCGCGUCCAGCCCCGGGCCAGGGUUUUCCUUUACAUCUCGCUCUGAGGGGAUCUCAUUCUCUCACAGAAUGUAACCCGCGAGACGGAGACCUUGGUGUUCAAUCUAAGCGGCGUCUGGAAUGACGUUGAGUCCUUAGCCAGCUUUGUCCUCUGCGGAAGAGAGGCGCACGCUGCGUUUAUCACCUGACGGUUAUUUUAAUUCCAUUUACGUAGGUGUAUUUUUUCAACCACUGAUUACUUUUCAGGAAUUUAAUUAUCUCCAGAUGAAUUCCUUUAUUUUAUAUUGUACACGAAAUGGUUUUAAGACACAUUGAAGACCGAGCAUAUUAAAAUGAUCUUAAGAGUUAGAGACCCUAGGAGUGAUGUUAGGGAGCUUGCAUUAACACUCGGUAUUUUCCACCAGCAGUGAAAAUGGUCUCGCGAAACUGACUUGUAAAUAUAUUUUAAUCAUUAACUGCUUCUUUUUCAGUCUGUUUUUAUUUGGACAUCAACCAGACAGUUUAGAUUUUGUAGAUGUGUUCAGAAUUCGCUGUGGCAGCCGGUUGGUUACACAGCAAAACUGCGAAGGUGAACAAAAGUGACAUUUCUGGCAUUUCUGUUGUAAAUAGAGUGCAGGAAAAUGACUAAAAUCAAGUAAUACUAACGUGAACUCUGAUUGACAAUAAAGUCUUUACCACCACACACUGCAGCCGUUUUUAAGGGACGUGAUGUCACUUCACAUGUCGUCGUCAGCAGAAGGCUGCGUCUGCACUCAUGGGCCGCGGUUACCUUCCAUCGUGUUUUUUUUUGUGUAAUAAUUGUAGCUGAGUAAAUCUCCAAUAAAGUUAUGGUCUGUUCA